AUGAAGCUAAUAGAAUGGAAGGACAAUACAAAGGAUUUGCGACCAUUGGCUGCGGAAUCAUGUGGAGUGGAAGGCAGCGAGGAUGAAGAAGACCAGGACCGUAUAUUUUUUGCAAGGAAAAAAAGGCGACCAUGUCGCGGCUACAGAAAGGAGCAGCGUCUGUCUGGAAAAAGUGACAAAGAUGAUAAUGGGCAAACACCGUUUGUCCCAUUAGAAGAGACCGAUUAA